AUGUACAUCUACGAUUACUGCAAGAAGAGGAACUUUCACCAGGCGGCUCGGGCCUUUUCUGCAGAAGCUAAUGUGCCAACCGACAUGACGCCUCCUGUCGAUGUGCCUUCCGCCUUUCUAUACGAUUGGUGGUGUACCUUUUGGGACAUAUACAGUGUGAAAGGCAAAGAGACUGUAUUAAGUAAAGAAGCGGUCGUUCACAACGAGUAUCACGAGUUCCUUCGAGCCCGCAGAGAGGAAGUCCUCCAACAGCAAAGAGCGUUCAAUUCGCAACAACAACACUUGCAACGUAUCGCGGGGCCUCAGAGAGCCGUUCAUUCACCACAGCAACGUCCACUCCACCAGUUGCCUCAGCAACAAGAUACCGCGCAACAACUUGCGCAGGCACAACAGCCGUCGCAGCCGUCACAACAACAAUCACUUGCUAAUCAGCGUCCUCAGGGUCAGAAUGGACCAUCACAGCAAACCCCUCAACAACGAGAUGCGCGUGCCUCGCCCGCCAGUAGUACGGCGUCGCUUCCUAAUAAUGCCAUGACGGGUCAACCCUCUUCGAGUAUUGUACAUACCCCUCAAAGCAUGCCAGCAGCAUUACCACCUCAACAUCUUCAAGGUCGACCCAAAGCAUCACCCUCAUUUUCCCCACGACAAAUGCAACGUCCCGGUGCAGCUGGCGCCGAAGGCAUGGCGGCGGGUCAUCCAUCCAUGGACAUGGGCACGCCCAUGGUCAGCGCUCAAGGCAUUCCCAUGACAACUCAGGGGCAACCCAUGUUAAAUCAACAACGGCAACAAGCCAUGGUAUUUCACAGUGCUCUUGUCCAAGCCGCUUUGAACUCGUUGGGUCUUGGACAUCGCGAUCCGCAAACCCUCACCAAUGAAGAAAAGACAGCUUUGCAUGCUCAAAUUCGGAAAUUGCAGGCCAGCCAACAGUCGAUGAUGCGCAAUGCCAACUUUGCUAAUCCAGCUCAAGCCCGAGCUUUGCAACAGCAAGUGGUUAUGAACCAACAAAUGUUGCAACAGCAACAACAUCAGCAGCUUGAACAGCAUCAACUCCACCAGCAACAAUUGCAACAGCAACAACAGCACCAGGUCCCCCAUCAUCAUCCUCACGUCCAGGGGCAAGCUCAAAAUCAAGCCCAGGCUCAACAUGUGCAACCUCACCAACUGCAGCAAUUGCAACAGUUGCAACAACUUCAGCAGCAACAGCAGCAACAACAACAGCAGCAACAACAGCAGCAGCAGCAGCAGCAGCCACAGCAGCCACAGCACGGCCAACAGCAUCCUCAACAGGCUCAUCUAGGCCAGCAAGCGCAUCCACAACUUCACCAUGCCAUGGGACAAAAUCCGACCAUGGCAGCGGACGCAAUCGGUCGAGGUGGCAUGAUGACGGCAGCUGGAACAAUGGAGGAUACAAAUCGCGUGGUAGGAGUUAAAAGAAGGAAUCCACAAAUGGAAGCGUUUGCUCAAGGAAAUGGGCAGUCAAGGUUAUCAGGGAAUCCGGCGGCUGGCGGUAUGCCAGUGUCGUUUGCUUCGGACCAGAUGAUGACCAUGCAAAAUGCAGGCAUGUUGAAUCAAGGCCAGUUUAACGGUGAUGCCAUGAAUCUCAUGAUGGCACAACAAAUGAUGAAUAAAAGUCAAAUGAUGGCAAUGAACCUUACGCCGCAACAACAGCAGCAGCUGGCUACACGGAAACAGCAAGAAAAGUUGAUGACCCAUCGACGCAUGAUGCAGCAGCAGCAGCAACAGCAAAUGCAAGCAAGUCAAAAUGUGGGCAUGAAUAUGAUGGGAAAUGCUGGUACGCAAGGUAUGGCAACCAUGGGCGAAGGAUCACCUCAGGAUGUGGAAAAAACGCGCGCGAACAUGAGCUUGGCAAAUUAUCAACGCGGCAUGCAACACAUGAUCCAACAACAGCAACAGGUGCAGCAACAGCAGUAUGUAGCUCAACAGCAACAAUCGCAGAUGCCGAACAUGCAUCCUCAGAAGAGACAGCGAACGAAUCCGUCGGAUGCUGACUCAGUCCAGGGUGCCAUGCAGUCUCCUCAGAUGCAUACUAUGAGUAGCCCACAUGUGAUGAAUCAAGGACAAGCGGUAGGCAUGGAUCGCGCUCAUUCAGCGUCCAUCGGACAAGAAACUCCCACCAUGAGCGCCCAGUCAAGGCUUGCCCAGCAACAGCAGGGUCAAGGCGCUCAAGCGUCACCACAGCAAGCGGCGGCUCAGCAACAACCACAAUCUGUGCCUUCAUCUCAGCAGCAACAGUCGCAGCAUUCACCGUUUAUUCAAAAUCAAACCGUGAAAUCCAGCCAAUCCCCACAAAUGCAUCGUGGUAACGCUCCAGGCGUUACUAAACAAAUUCAACAACAGCAACAGGUCCCAUCCCAGCAACAACCGCCGUCGUCUUCGUCGUCGCAGUCUCAAGCUCCUCCUUCGCAACAAACACCACAAAUGUCACAACAACAGCAAGCAUCGCAAACUCCAUCACAGCAUCCUGUACAGCCACAGUUACUUCCUUCCCAGCAACAUACCUCUCAAACCAACCAACCGUCCCCGAUGCACCCUCAACAGCAACCGCAACGCAUGGCCUGGAAUGCUGCCAAUGACGUGGAUCCUUCUCUCGUCCCCAAUCCCAACGAUGGAGCGCCUUCCCCAUCCAAUUCAGUGAAUCAAGCCAACGCAGGCAACAAUACAAUGCUGUCAUUUGAUUUGGAACGAUUCAUGAUGAGCGAUGGCGGCGAUUUCGGUGAAAUUUUUGCUACGGGGGACGACAGUGCCGAACAGAAUUUGCUGAUGGGUGGCGAUAGCGGUGAACUGGAUCCGUUUGGUGGUGGAUUUUUGGCAAGUAUGGGCGGUAAUCUUGGCGUGGACAAUGCGAUGGCGUUAUCGACCUCGGGACAGACAUUUCAAGUGUACGGUGAAUUGCAAGGACAUAACAACAAAGUGAGCACGGUCGCCUUCUCAGCCGAUGGACGAUUACUGGCGAGCGCCGGUCAUGAUAAAAAGACGAUUGUAUGGGGCGUGCAAGAUAAACGAAGUCGAUUGACCCUCGAAGGCCACACCGGGCAAAUCACCUGUGCACGAUGGAGUCCUGACAGCCGAAAUCUGGUAGCAACGUGUUCGUACGAUAAAACAUUGAGAGUAUGGGAUGUUGGCAGCGCAUUAUCAGAGAAUGGCAAGACCGCGAAACAGUUGGCAAAGUUGGAUUGUAAAGCGCAAGUAACCGCAGUGGAUUUUGCCCCGGAUCGACCAGAAACUAUAUGCUCUUUGGACGCGGAAGGUGAACUCAAAGUCUGGAAUUUGAACACAUCCAAAUGUGAUAAAACAUUACGAUUGGCGACGUCAAAAUCCAGUUUUUCAGCCAAUCCCAUGCGAUUCCAUCCACGGGCGAGCCAUAUUUUGGCGUGCGCAGUAGCCAAUCAACUGUAUGUGAUUGACAUCAACGCUGCCAAGAACAACACUUCGAGCAGUGCAGCCGAUAACAUGGCGAUCCGAUCAAUCAGCACCAAUCAUAACAAAAACAUUUCAUGCUUGGAUUGGUCGGCUGACGGUAACUUUUUGGUAACAUCCUCAGAAGAAGCACUGUACGUUUACGAGACCUCCCACUGGAAACCGAUUUCCAUGCAAUCGGCGCAUACCAAGAUUUCAGGCUGUGCUUUCAUGAUGGUGGAUGGUAAUGGCGCUGAUAAGUUCCGAGUGGCGUAUGGUGAAUACGAAUCUCUGUUCAUGUGGCAGUUUGGGAUUCCUGGAGCCCAGCCAAGGCUGGUCGGAUCUCAGGCAGGCAUGGUUGUCGGCAUAUGCAGUACAAAAGCGAGUGGCCAAACAAUGGUGGCCUCUGCAAGUCAUCAAAAAGAGAAGAAUCUCAUGCUCUGGACUCUGUAA